CGUUCUUUAUUGGGCUGAUCCUAAACCUCAAGCAUUGGGAAGCAGAGGCAGAGGAGAUGGAGCAGAGGCUGGCAAAUACAUGGCGAAUGCCUCUCAACGACAACAAAUUCAUAGAAACCGCUCUCCUUUCCGACCUCCGAGUCGACGGCCGUCGCCCCUCCGACUACCGCAAGCUCACCAUCAAGCUCGCCAAGCAAGACGGCUCCGCGGAGGUCCAUUUGGGCCAAACCCACGUCAUCACCUUCGUCACCGCCCAGCUCGUCCGCCCCUACAGAGACCGCCCCAACGAGGGCUCCCUCUCCAUCUUCACCGAGUUCUCUCUCAUGGCCGACCCCUCCUUCGAGCCCGGCCGCCCCACCGACGCCGCCGUCGAGCUCGGCCGUGUCGUGGACCGCGGCCUCCGCGAGAGCCGCGCCAUCGACACCGAAUCGCUCUGCGUCCUCUCCGGCAAACUCGUCUGGGCCAUUCGCGUCGAUAUUCACAUACUCGACAAUGCCGGAAAUCUCGUUGACGCUGCGAAUAUCGCCGCGUUGGUUUCUCUGUUGACUUUCCGGCGGCCGGAAUGCUCGUUGACCGGUGAAGACGGGCAGGAUGUGGUGGUGCAUCCUCCCGAGGAGCGCGACCCGAUUCCGUUGAUUAUUCAUCAUCUUCCCAUUGCUGUUACCUUUGGAUUUUUCAGCAAUGAAAAUCUCCUCGUGAUAGAUCCGACGCACCAUGAAGAGUGUGUGAUGACAGGGCGCAUGACUGCCACGCUUAAUUCAAACGGCGACGUUUGUGCAAUUCAAAAGCCUGGUGGAGAGAGUGUCUCUCAGAGCGUUAUCAUGCACUGCUUGAAACUUGCUCAUGUUAAAGCUACUGAUAUUACAACUAAGAUUAAGGAUGCAGUUGAAAUACACAACAAUGAAAGGAUGCUACGGAAGAUUAAACGCCAUUCUUCGUCCGCUGCUGUGGAUGUAUGUGGUGCCACAGCUGGAUUUGGGGGAAAACAAAAUCCACUAGAUGGCGAUGAUUUGGAAUGUCGAGCCACACCAUCAGGACAACAACAUAGUAAGGAUGGAGCCUCAAAGAAUUUCACCGGUGGUCCCUCGAGUUGGACCGUCAGUUCCUAGUAAACAAAAGGAUUCAAGACGUUAGACUAAGCCCAAGGAACCACCACAGGAAAUUAAGACAGAUUCAACACCAAUUGACAAGGCUCUAACUGCUGGGCAGGAUAACGGAAGUAAGACUCUCAAGGAUGCCGUUAAGUCCAAACACAAGAGGAAAAAAAAAGUAUCUUCCAAUAAUGAAAAUUAAAUGAUUAAAUGAGUUGUUUAUUGACCUAUUACCUCUCACCUUGUAAGCUUGUGUUUGUAUACCCGUUGUAACUGAGAAGUGAAUUCAAUGUUCCCAUUUUUUGAGAAGCAUCGAUUUCUUGUUUUGGGAAGAAUGUUUGUCCUCUUGGUUUUGAUAGAUAGGACGUUGGAAACAUUAGAUGAAGAAUGGAGUCUGAAUUAUUUUUACGUGAUAGAAACUCCUGAUACCGAGAUAAUAUGCUAUCAUUCUUGUAAAACUAUUUUGGCACUUGAAAGUUCCUUCACGCCCCAA